GUAUUCAAACAAGAUAAUCGUCAAUGCCAACGUUCAAAGUAGUAUCAGAUAGUAGACUGUUAACAUGUCGACAUCUUGUAGAGCUUUAUCGAUAUUAAACAAAUUAUUGACCAAAAACAAGGUUGUGCAAGGAAAACACCUACACGUGUACCGAAAACUAGCUGCCAAAGUGGCCUUCAAUCUAUCCGAUAUUGGGGAAGGCAUACGAGAAGUCGCGGUGAAGGAGUGGUACGUCAAAGCUGGCGAUAAAGUGUCCCAAUUCGACAACAUAUGCGAAGUUCAAAGUGAUAAAGCAUCCGUGACCAUAACGAGCAGGUAUGACGGAGUUGUUUCAAAGUUGCAUUACAAGGUGGACGAUAUCGCUUUAGUAGGAAAACCUCUAAUAGAUAUAGAAACGGAUUCUGAUAUCGUAGAGGGCGCUAAUGACGUGACAGAAACAGUAGAUAAGCCGAUAAUGGAAGAAACGAAAACGAGACAAGAUGAACAUGUCGAAGAGUCCCACAACGAAGCUUUUUGCAUACCCUCCGUCCGUCGGUUAGCAAAGGAACACAAACUAGAUCUAGCGAACAUAAAGGGAACGGGCAAACAAGGUCGAAUCCUGAAAGAAGACGUUCUAAAACAUAUCCAAGGACCAAAACCGACGAAAGUUCCUGUUACCGAUGAAGCCAGAAUAGAGCCCAUCAAAGGUUUCAAGAAAGCCAUGGUAAAAACUAUGACAGAAGCCAUGAAAAUCCCACACUUCGUGUACAGUGACGAAAUAAAGGUGACAGAACUGUCGAAAGUGCGAAGCAAUCUGAGGGAAUCACACGACACGAAGUUAUCGCUGGUGCCAUUUUUUGUGAAGGCGGUAUCCAACGCUUUACAACGUUAUCCGAUCAUAAAUGCUUCAGUGGACGAGCAUUGUGAAAACAUAAUCUACCACAAGUCCCACAAUAUCGGUAUAGCCAUGGAUACGGCCUUAGGAUUAGCAGUACCCGUGAUAAAAAACGUGGAAAAUUUAUCCAUAAUGGAGAUUUCCAGCGAGCUACAGAGGCUCAUUGAAAAUGGUAAAGACGGUAAUUUUUCUCCUAGCGAUUUAUCGGGAGGUACCUUUACCGUAUCCAAUGUCGGUUCAAUAGGAGGAACUUACACGAAGCCGCUGAUCCUCACCCCGCAAGUGGCCAUCAUAGCGGUUGGUGCAACCAAAAUAGUACCUGGAUUCGACUCAUCGAAGAACAUCAUCGCAGAAGAAAUUAUCAAUAUAAGUGGUUCGGCUGAUCAUCGGAUCAUAGAUGGCGCUACCAUGGCGCGAUUCGUGAAAGUGUUGAAGAAACAAUUGGAAAAUCCUUAUUUGUUGUUUUUGAAUAUGUGAUGAGUGGUAAAUUAUAUGUCUUCGAAUAUGUCCAAAAAAAUUUAUUAUUAUUAAAUUUUUUUACCGUUC